AUGGCGAAGAGCAAUGAUUCGCCCAAGUGUUUCGGCAUUCCCAUGAAGUGGGUCUCGCUGCUGAUGUUGGUGGCCCAAACGGUCAGCGUCGUCUUCGCCAUGCGGCUCUCGCGCACGUUGGCCGUGGAAGGUCCCAGAUAUCUCAACACCACGGCCGUCUUCUUCUCGGAGGUCAUGAAGCUCAUUUGCAGCUUCCUCUUCCUCAGCCACGAAGUGGGUGAGCCGGCCACUGCUGCGAAGACCGUCCUGCAAACUUUCCGCAGGAGUGGCGUGGAGCUCCUGAAGGUGAGUGUGCCCUCUUUGCUGUACACGGUGCAGAACAAUCUGCUGUUCAUCAGCUUGUCGAACCUCAGUGGGGCGGUCUACCAAGUGACCUAUCAGUUGAAGAUUCUCACCACUGCCGUGCUGAGUAUGUUGAUCCUCAACAAGGCACUGGGGAGCACCAAGUGGUGUGCACUGCUGAUUUUGACCACUGGCGUGGCCUUGAUCCAGUUGCCCAGAGGUGAAGCGAAGGAGGAUGUACAGAAAGGAGAUUCAGUGGUUGGACUGGCGGCAGUGAUCUCCGCCUGUUUUACCAGUGGGUUAGCUGGUGUGUACCUUGAAAAGAUCCUCAAGCAAACCGACUCCUCGAUUUGGAUGAGGAAUAUCCAGCUGGCCUUCUUCGGUGGCAUCCUUGCGUUCAUCGGGUGCUACGUGCAAGAUGGCAAGAAGAUUGCGGAGAACGGCUUCAUGCAAGGCUAUUCGGGCCUCGUCUGGGCCGUGAUCGCCUUGCAGGCCAUCGGUGGACUGGUGGUGGCUGCAGUGCUGAAGUAUGCGGACAAUAUCCUCAAGUGCUUCGGCAAUGCCUUGUCCAUUGUGAUCAGCUGUAUCAUGUCGGCGGUCUUCUUGCAGGCCACUGCGCCCGCGAACCCUCCCGGACGAACACGCCGCAGCGGCGAAGCGACGGCCGUGAACUGGUCCCACGAGUCGGGAGGGAGGGAGGAGCAACGGUUCAUUUUGGAGGCCCAUGAUCCGAUGCUGAACCGCUGGCUGCUCGUCUCUUUCUGCGUGCUCAUCUCCGCCGAACGGCCGAGUGCAGAUGAAGUCUCAUGGAUGCAGAGCUCCAGACUACCUGGCCCUUCCAGGCAGAACGUGAGCAACGAGACGAGAGCUAGUUCUCUAUUUGCAGGUGCGGAAGGACGCUUCCUGGAGCUCGCGCACCACAUACGGGAGCGAUCCCCGGUGGUCCUAGCUCAGAUUGCCAGCAAGGUGGAUGGCACUGAUACCACGGUGAUUUUUCUCCUCUUUGGAGCGAUGCUCCUAUGCUUCUUCGGCUUGCUCUGGUGCUUCGCUCAAGUGGCUUUCCAGGAGAUCUUCAAGUCGGAGCCGAACGAGGCCGAGCACGUCGUCCCGCCCCGAAGUGUGCAGGUGCCCUUUGUGGAGCCAGCGGAGAGCAUCAAGCAAGAGGCUUUGCCCGCCAUGUGUCCACAGCUCCUGUCGGCCAUGCACGCGCCCUUCAUCGUGCCGUUGAAGCCCCUCCAGGACAGCGAUGGCGGUUGGUCUCUGAACAUCUUCUCCCAGAACUCUCAUCGAGUGCUUCUCUCUGCCACGCUGCAGCUGCGGGACUCGCAGCGGAAAUCCAGCUGCGUGGAGGUGCGGCACUUGGAGAAAGACGAGCUUCUUGGGACCGUCACGUCCAACCUCGAAGUCCUGCUUCCGGACGGCCGAACGUAUGGUCGGCUGCUGGCGCACAAGGGAGCGUACUUGCUCCAAGAAGAGAAUGGCCGCGAAGCACGAUGGUCCAUGGCAGCAGAGGAAGGGCGGAUCUCUAUCAUCUGGCUGCCAAGGAGGGGGUCCGGCACCCGGGUGUUGCAAGACCUCAAAGACGGUCUGCACAAGCUAGGUGGACGACCCACACACCACCGGAGCAGGGGCACCUUGCUUGCGACCGCCGUUCGUCCCGAAGGAUCGAAUGGACACAGGCUGGAGGUGACGAACAUCUCGGGCGUGGAUCCGGUCUUGGUCCUGCUCUGCUCCCUGGGGGUAGUGACCUUUGAUGGAAUCCUUGGGCUGGUUGAACCGGAACAGUUCAAAGCAGAGAAGACAGGAGGCGCCGCUUGGGACCCCUCGCCGGGGCUGAACAGCCUGCCCUCGCCCUUCUCCCCCGGCACGUCCAGCGGAGCUCGCGCCUGA